AUGGACGGAUGUAAUAUCAGUAAGAAGAGUGAUGAUGAUAAUGAUGAUACAAUCAGAUGUUUGAUACAUAAUAAGAAACAGAAGGUUAUAUGCUUUGAUUGCAAUGAGCUCAUCUGCACAGUGUGUCUCACAACUCAACAUAAUAAGCAUGAUGUUGAACAUAUCUACAGCUUGAAGACUCAGUUCACCAGUGACAAGAGGAUAAAGAGGUUCGACACUCGACUUGACACACUCUGGGACACAUUGCAACAAUUGGCAUGGUCCUAUGACACCAUUCAGAUGUCAAAGAGACGUGUCGCCAAUCAGUUCAGAGAGAUGCAUGAGUAUCUCAUGAGGAAGGAGCAAUGGCUCAAGAAGGACCUCGACGAUGAGCUUGACAAGACCACAACAUCAAUCAACAACAUCAUCAAUGAGAUUGCCAACAUCAAAGCACACGCCACCAACAACAAGGUGAACGACAUCAAUUACAAAGGUGAAGUUGAAGAUGGCGAUGGUGUUGAUGUGAUGAAUACAUUGGUGCGAUCGAUUCAAACAUCAAAGUCAAUGGAUCAAUUUAUCAACAAACAGUUCAAGCCGUGCGACGAUGGUGUCACGUGCGAUGGUGAUCAACUGUUGGACUUUGUUCGAAGAGCAUCACAAGCCACUCAGGCUAUUCACACUGUUUCAAGACCAUUACGGACAUAUUUUAAUUCAUAUAUGUUGGAGAACGACUUGGUGGAAAUCUUUGAUAAAUACAUCUACGAGAACGCAGCAACAAAGAUUGAACAUGGCUUCAGGAAUCACAUCUUCUCACUCUUGAAGGACUCAUGUUCGAUUCUCUCAUUGGAUACUGGUGAGUGGACUGUGAUCAAUGACAAGUGCACACCAAGAGAGCGCAUAUUCAGAUCGGUUGUGUAUGCAAGAGGCAAUGUCUAUGUGUUUGGCGGUCAAGGAUCAGCCGACACAUACUCUCGAUUCUCACUCAUCGAUCAAAAGUGGCACAAUGACCUUGAGAUCAUCGGUGUCGAUGGUGGAGAAAGCAUAUCAACAUGUUACGAUGGUGACAAGCUCAUCUACUUGGUCGGUGGAUUCCACAAUGACAAGAUGUUGGAUCGAAUUGAUUGUUUCAACAUUGACACUCAACAAUUCUCAUCAGUUGGACGAUUGAGUGUGCCCACCAGAGCAUCACACUCAUUCUUCCGCCUCGGUAUGAUCGUUAUCGUUGGUGGCUAUGUUGAUGCCGAGUAUAAGGUGUCACUCAAAGACAUCUUGGAAUUCAACUCUGUCACCAAGAUAUGUCAUGUCUCCCUCGAGACUGAAUUCCUUCCAAAUGAACCCAUCCAUUCUUGUUAUGAUGGCCUUGAUCAUUUGUUCAUGAUGGGCGAUAAGUCCACUCUCUUGGUUGACUUGUCCACUAUGGAGUCGCCACAAAUCGAGUCAAGGGCAUCAUUUGGAACAUGUCAUAUCUAUCAUUGA